AUGACCUCCGUCCUCUCCUCCGCGGCCAACACCGCCCACUCGGCCUUUGCCUCCCUCUCCUCCGUCGCCCAGACCAAAGCCGGCGACACCGUCCCCAACGUCGAGAUCAAGAUCGACAGUCCCGACGGGAAACUCGACUUGUCCGAGCUUACUGGCAAAAAUGUUGUCGUCACUGUGCCCGGCGCCUUCUCCGGAGUCUGCUCCAACCAGAUCCCCUCCUACAUCGCCCAAUACGACGCUUUCAAAGCCAAGGGCGUCAAGGACAUUUACGUCGUGGCCGUGAACGACAUUUUCGUCGUCAAUGCUUGGAAGGACAAGCUCGAGGAAGGUAAAGCUAGUGGGAUCAAGUAUGCCGCAGACGACUCUGCCAAACUCGCAGCAUCCCUCGGCCUAGUCCUCGACGCCGCCCCAAUCUUUGGCGGACCCCGUCUGAAGCGCGGGGCGCUCAUCAUCGAGGACGGCAAAGUCCAGCACGUCGCUGUAGAAGACAGUCCUGGUGAUAUCACUGUUUCUCACGCCGACUCUGUGCUCAAGGCGCUUUGA